CCCUUCACCUCUCGUCCCCUCGCCGCGCUUCUCCUCCCGGCAGAGCGAGGCCGAGCCCCGGCGCUCCGCGGCCCGCGCGCUACCAACGGAGACCUCUCUGGAUUUUCUCAUAGGAACAACAGAAGCAAGAGGGGGUCUGGAUGAAUUGCUCUGCUGUGCUGCAGACUACGGGCUGCAGGCAGGGCAUUUAUCUUUGCACAGGUCAUUGACAUGUUCCUAACCCCUAUGUUGCAGCAUAAGAUUUUUCUUCUCCGAGGAUAAAGUGAUGGCUGAAAUGAGUAAUAGUAACUUCGGCAAAACAACCAGCAUUCAGCAAGCAGCGUCCUCUUGCUGCGGAGCUAUAAUUACCUCAUUGUUUGUAACUCCCCUUGAUGUUGUCAAAACUCGGCUGCAAGCCCAAAGCAAUCCGUUCCCCAAAGGAAAGCGUUUGGUAUACUCCAAUGGCCUUAUGGAUCAUACAUGUGUUUGUGAGAACAGAGGUGGUAAAGCAUGCUAUAAAAAAAAUGGGCAUUUCAAAGGGACAUUGGAUGCUUUUGUGAAAAUUAUUCAAACAGAGGGAAUUAAAUCUCUCUGGAGUGGACUUUUCCCAACACUAAUAAUGGCACUUCCUACCACAGUAAUCUAUUUUACCUGCUAUGACCAACUGAGUGAAGGUCUGAAGUCUAGACUAGGAGAGGAUAAUGACCACAUUCCACUUGUUGCAGGUUCCUUAAGCAGAUUUGUUUCAGUUACUGUAGUGAGUCCCCUGGAGCUGAUCAGAACUAGAAUGCAGUAUCGCAAGUUGUCCUACAAGCAACUGCACUCGAGCGUCAGCAGUAAAGUGGCCAGAGAUGGGUGGCUUUCCUUGUGGAGGGGCUGGAGCUCUACUGUUCUGAGAGAUGUACCUUUCUCAGCAAUGUACUGGUACAAUUAUGAACGUUUCAAGAAGAUGAUGUGCAAGAAUGUUGGUGCACAUGAACCAACUUUUUUUACUGCUUUUACUUCAGGAGCAGCAUCUGGCGCUAUUGCAGCCGUCAUAACUCUGCCAUUUGAUGUAGUGAAGACACAUAGGCAGACUGAACUUUGGGAGAGUGAGGCUUUACAAAAUCCACAGAGGGACCGCACAUCUACCUGGGCAGUUAUGAAAAACAUUGUCGCUAAAAAAGGAAUUGCUGGAUUGUUUGCUGGUAUCACUCCACGGCUGUUUAAAGUUGCUCCUUCUUGUGCCAUAAUGAUCAGCACAUAUGAGUAUGGGAAGGCUUUCUUCAGACAUUUAAAUGAGAAGACAAACCAGCAUCCUUAAUUCUCCUUUACCCAACUGCAUGAAGUCAAAAUAUAUGGAGAAAUUUGUGCCAAAUACGAAUCUGCCUGUCAAAGCAUUUUUCUACCAUUACAUUUGGUAACUAAAUGUAACUUCAUUUUUUAACUGUUCCACAAAGGAUAAAUUGGCUUUUUUUUUUCCCCUUAAGAAAAAUACAUGACCUUGAAAUUGUCACUGAAAAUUUUGUGACUUCACUUGCAGCUAUGGAGAGGGAAAAAAAAAAGAGGUACUUUGACUGUUCCUCAGUGAGGAUUAAAAAGGAAAAAAAAAUGAGCCUGGCCAGAGUGAUGAAGGAUAACAACUGCCACUGUUAAUUUUCAGCCUGACUAAAUGUUUUCUUGGAUGUUUAAAACAAUGUUUAGAAGUACUGUAGGUAUCCCAAGGAAGGGACAUCUCCAUAAGGAGGCUGAUAGAGAAUAAAUUCAGUAAGUACUUGUUUGUGCUUGCUUAAUACUUGUUCAACUGUGUGAAUGUUUAUUUGCAGCUCCAUAAUUUGUGUAAAUGCAUACUUCGGAUUUGCAGGUUUAUUUAUAACAAGAAAUGUUUUAGGUCAAGCUGGAAAAAAUACAUAGUGCCUAUUAGAAUCCCAGAGAACAUCGUGAAUACAUUGCCAGGUGCUGCAGUGGCUUUUUAGUUCAAGACAAUAUUUCAAGUGCAUGCUCUUACUGGGAAAUCAAAUCACACCUAGGCACUGAAGCCAGCUGUGCUGGUGUGAUGGGGGAACGCUCCACAACACUCACACGCUUGGAUAUGCCAGGUGUCAUGGGUCACAAAAAAAGCUUCAAGACAGAAGCAGACUCCCUUACAGGGAGCGUUCCCCAUGCAUAGUUUGCAUGGACAGCAGUCUUAUUAUACUCUGAAGAAAGUAUUUUUCAUCCUUGAUGAAAAUUCAGCACACACUGAAAAUGCCUUAGCUGUGGAAAAGGACAUUAGGCAUGAAGUUUACAGCGUAUGGCACAGGCAAGACCUCUUGCCAUGGGAGAUAUUUGACACUGUUUCCCCCCACUGUGAUUUUAAAAGUAAAUUUAGGCCUUAUUUUGAGCUUCUAGUCAAAAAAGCCAAGAGA